AUGGUGUGGGCUAAGAUGAAGUUCCCCUUUGAGAAAAGGGUGAAGUUGGCACAGGGUUUAUGGCUGCUAUCUUGGCUGGCUACUUUAGGUGGAGCGAUCACCUUCUGCCUUGGUUGCUUCCUGAAGACAGAACUGCGCAGAAGGGCAGAGGUAAUGGACAACACCGAGAUCUACAUUGUGCCCAACACGCUGAUCAUAGCAGGGAUGGCUGCCAUGGGUAUCAACUACUUUGCAACACGAAUCUGCCAGGAUGCACUGGAUGCCACGCGCUUCCCACGCUGGAAGACCUUCCUGAAGCCCUACUUCUGUUGCUCAAUCUUCUUCACCACCCUCAUGCUGAUCGGUGUCAUUCUGAGCUACGCCAUGAAGGGCACCCUGGAGGGCUCGCUGAAGGUUGGCUUGAAGAACGGUAUCCGAUUCUAUAAAGACACGGACACACCAGGCCGCUGCUUCCAGAAGCAGACCAUCGACCGCUUGCAGAUGGAGUUCCAGUGCUGCGGCAACAAUGACUACAAGGACUGGUUUGAGGUGCAGUGGAUCAGCAACCGCUACCUGGAUUUCAGUUCCAAAGAGGUUAAGGACCGUAUCAAGAGCAAUGUGGAUGGGCGUUACCUGGUGGAUGGAGUCCCCUUCAGCUGCUGCAACCCCAGUUCCCCCAGACCCUGCAUCCAGUACAAAAUCACCAACAACUCUGCCCACUACAACUAUGAGCACCAAACUGAGGAACUCAACAUCUUCAUCCACGGAUGCCGGGAGGCACUUCUUAACUACUACAUGGGCCUGAUGAACAGCUUUGGGGCUGUGGUGCUUUCUGUCUAUGUGCUUCAGUGCACUGUAUUGGCGAGCCUGAGGUAUCUGCAGACCUCCUUGGAGGCCUUGGUUGGGCAGGAGAACACAGAAAUUGAGACGGAGGGCUACCUGCUGGAGAAGAGCAUCUCUGAGACCAUCAUGGAGUACCUGGACCCAGUGCUGAAGCUUCUGCUGCUGAACCAGGUGCAGGAUGGGCAGGUCAAGGCGGAAGCAGGGGCCGCAGGCACAUCAGGGACAGCUGGGGCAACGACCCCUGCAACCUAA